CCGGGGCCGGGGCGGGCUGGCGAGCCGGCCCGGCUCAGCCGGGGCCAUGUCCUAGCCGCCGAGCCGCGCCUCCGCGCCGCGCACAGCCGGCAGGGCCCGGGCUCUCUCCGGCCCCGCGCCUGGAGGACAGGGAGGAGGAGGUGGCGGCUGCGGCGGCGGAGCUGCUGGCAGGAGCCCGGGCCCUGGACUGGGGGACCCGAGGCCGGAGCAGGAAGCUCAAAGAGGAAGUGACAGCUAACAAGAUGAGUGUGACAUCAUGGUUUCUGGUGAGCAGCAGUGGCACCCGCCACCGGCUGCCAAGAGAAAUGAUAUUUGUUGGCCGGGAUGACUGUGAACUGAUGCUUCAGUCUCGAAGUGUGGACAAACAGCAUGCAGUCAUCAACUACAACCAGGACAAGGAUGAGCACUGGGUGAAAGAUCUUGGCAGCUUAAAUGGGACAUUUGUGAAUGAAGUGCGCAUCCCUGACCAGAAAUACGUCACUCUGAAACUCAACGAUGUCAUCCGCUUUGGCUACGAUUCUAACCUGUACGUGUUAGAACAUGUCCAACACAAGGUCCCCGAAGAAGCUCUGAAGCAUGAGAAGUACACCAGCCAACUGCAAAUGAAUUUUAAAGGCACAGCCGUGAAGCGAGGGGACCCUCCACCAGACCUUGGGCCUUAUUCUGAAUCCCCACAGGCCAAACCAGAGAAGGGAGACCGGAGACCUGUCCCAGAGCCAUUGACCUACCGCACACCACUCUAUGGGCAACCUUCAUGGUGGGGGGAGGAUGAUGGCAAUAACAAGUUGGACAGGUCAGAUGACCAGCACCAGGAGGACCAUUAUCCAGAAAGGACCAAGGAGAUUCCCCAGCAUGAAGAGGUCAAUGGGAACAUUCCAAGCUACCGGGAUGGCCAGGAACCGUCAACAUUUGCAUUCCGGAGGGAGCCGAGCUAUUUUGAGAUCCCCACAAAAGAGUUUCAGCCCGUGUCCAAGUCCGUGGAGGAACAGGUUCAUGAAGUCCCCACGAAGGAUGUGGAGCCAGGAGGGGGCGGGGCACCCCCAGUGGUGCAGAGCCAUGCCUCCUUCACCAUUGAAUUUGAUGACUGUAGCCCUGGCAAGGUGAAGAUCAAGGAUCAUGUCACCAAGUUCUCCCUGCGACCUCGGCGGCCUCUUGUGAAGGAACCGGCACCUACUGACAUGGUGUCUGCCCAGAGCAAGGUAGCUCAUUGGUUGGUACAGAAUGAUCCUAGCCUGAUACGAAGGCCAGGACCUGGGGAGGAUGGCUACAGCACCAAGAGUGAUCUGCCCGUCCAUGUACGGACACUAAAGGGCCACCGCCAUGAAGAUGGUACACAGAGUGACACAGAGGAUCCAGCAGCAGCAUCUUCUCUAAAGGCAGAAAAAGAGGCUUCCCCAGUGCCAGUGGCAGAGCCCCCCAUGGGGGAGCAGGUCCGACUGCAGCGGCAGAUCAAGCGGGACCCCCAGGAAAUGCUGCACAACCAGCAGGCCUUUGUCAUUGAAUUCUUCGAUGAGGACACACCCCGUAAAAAGCGUUCCCAGUCCUUCACCCACGUGCCAGCUGACCCCAAAGCAGACAAGCGCAGAGUGCCGGGACCCACCGGUGUCUGUGGGGGAAUGGCUGCUGUCCCAGGUCCUGCCUCCGGUCGGGCAUCCGGAAGUACUUCAGGCCCCCAGAGGGCCAGUUCACUCAAGCGAGAGAAGACAGAGGAUCGGAUAGGUUCCACCUCCACAGCUGCCCGCCCAGGACACCGACUCUAUGGCAGUGUGGGGCGCAGGUCCCGGAUGGCUCAGGAGUUUGCUGCCGAGUACCUGCGGGAGACUACAACAGCAGGGAGGCCGGGCCCAGAAAAACAGCCACCAGGCUUGCCCACACCCCUAGCUCCCCGUGUGGUCAUCUCAACGGCUCCCCCAGCCCCACCAUCCUCCCCAGCCCCAGUGUCCUCUGACCCUCAGCUGACCAAGUCCCAGAAGCAGGAGGAGGAUGAUAGUUUAAGUGAUGCCGGCACCUAUACCAUUGAGACAGAGACACAGGACAAGGAAGUUGAGGAGGCGCGGAAAAUGAUUGACCAGGUUUUUGGGGUGUUUGAGUCCCCUGAGUUUUCCAAGAUGACCUCAGCUACCUUCCGCCCAGUUAUCCGUGGGGAGAAGGAUGAAGCAGGCUCCUCCCCACCCCCUGUGGCAGAGGCAGGGGUGGCUCAGCGGCUGGCUAUGCUGCAGGAGUUUGCCUCUAGGACCUCAGGCCUGUCUCCUCCAGGCGAGACCCAGGUCCUGCCAGUGUCAGGCUCUCCAGGGAGUCAGAAAUGGGUAUCCCGUUGGGCCAGUCUGGCUGAUAGCUACCUGGAUCCGGGACCAGGGACUUUGCUCUCUGAGUCAACCCCAGCUGGCCUGGACUCUGAGACUGACAUCACCAACCACAAAGUAGGGGAGUUGGAGCCGACUUUGCCUUCCAGAACACGGAGACUACUCCCCCAAUUACCCCCAAGUGACAAAGCAGAAAGUCCUAUGCUGACUGGAUUAAUGGGGCCAGAACCCUAUCCUGAAGUCACCAAGAGAAAUGCAGCCAAGCAAGCAGCCUCAGAGUCCUAUGAGAACCAGGUGGACCACUUGUUCAUGCAAGAAGAUCUGGACCCAGACAGUCUCAGUGAUGGAAGCCAGUCAGAUGAUGGUCUUGGGCCUGAGGAGAGAAAGAGUAAUAGUGCCCAGAGGCCAGAGUGGCCCAGGGGCCAGCAGCAUUCACCAGUGGCAGAGCUUCAGCAUUCCAAACCCAAGACAGCAGGGGAGCCAGCCCCCAUGUCCUUCUACAUUGGAGAUGAGAACAAGGAGCUCAGCUUCCCCUCCAAACUCUGCCCAAGUCCUCCACCAUCCCGAACCAACAAGGAACCUGUGGAUCAGGAGUCAUCCCCCUUGCGGCCAAUCAGCAGCUCCCCUUCCCUGAGGUCCAGAGCCAAGGAGGAGAAUGGUACAUAUAUCAGCAUGACAGGGAAGAUGACUAUUUCCCUACAGACCAACCAGUUGCCAGAACAAGAUAGUUCAGCAGUGGUGGCAAAGGAGGCCCUAUCCUUUGUCCGUCAAGAGAGCUUUACCAAAGAGCGGGCAAGCAGUGGCAUUGCUCCCAACAGGCUCCCCCACAUAUCUAGCCAUCCCCUCCUGAAGGACUUGGAGGCUGCCCGGGCUACCCGCAUGGACUACCAUACUCAGGAUACACACUUAAUCCUGAAGGAGACGGAGACGGCUCUUGCAGCUUUGGAAGCCAAGAUCCUUGCCAAGUCCCCCGGGGAGGAUGCCAGGAACACUCCCACACAGCCAGAGGAUUCCUUAUCAGGUGACUCUGAUGUGGACACAUCUAGCACUGUUAGCCUUCUCAGUGGGAAGAAUGGGUCCAGCCAGAACCAGAAGGGCAAGGUGGCUGUGGGCAAUGGCUCACAGAAAGAACGGCCAUCAUCUGCACCUUCAGUCCAGGAUUCUAGCAAUGGUGGUCUUGUGCCCAGUGCCCGUGAGCGGCUCUCAGAGAAGCAGCGUCGCCCAGGACCAGCCCCAGAAGGAACUCGGCGCUUCCAGGUUAAACGUAAUAAUGGAACUCGUGGAUCUGUGGACUUUACAGAUGACGAGCGGGGCUCAGGUCACACCCACACAUCUGGUCCAGAUACUGUCACUUCAGAACCUGAACAUCAGCCGGCAGCAACAGUCAGACCCACACCCAGGAGGAAGCCCUCAGCCCCAUCUCCUUCUCCUUCAGCCACUAAGGAAGAACAUGGCCGGGCAUCUGCCAACGUGCAGAAGGUACAACAGAUUCUCACAAGGUCUAAUAGCCUGUCAACCCCACGGCCCACUCGGGCCUCAAAGCUUAGGCGGGCUAGGCUUGGGGAUACCUCAGACAAUGAGGGAGCUGAGAAUGAAAGGGCCACCGCAUCCAACCCUGAGGCCACCACCAAGCAGGCCACAGAGGGCAAGAAGCUGUCCCGCCUGGACAUUCUUGCCAUGCCCCGGAAAAGGGCCGGCUCAUUUACAGUGCCCAGCGAUCUGGAGUCAGCCCCAGCCCGGACAGGCUUCUCUGGAAGGAGUGUUGAGUCCUACUACUCAAGCCGGAAGCCAACCAUGUCAGAAGCUCGAGCAGCAGCCAGGAAAACAGCAGCAGCUGUGGCUGCCGCAAAACAGCCUUUCAACAGGGCUCGCUCAGGCACUGCCCGAUACUCAUCCUCUUCUAACUCCCGGCGGAGGCAGCAGGGUUCAGAUUGCACAUCCACCUCGGAGGAGGAAUACGGCUCCACCCACAGUUCUCCCAAACACAAACGCUCCCAUGCCUCAACAGCCACUCAAACUCUGAGGGCCACUGGUCAGGGCCGGCCUAGACCCUAUAAUGGGCGGGACACGGAUGAGGAUGAAGAGGAAGACGAGCCCGAGCACUACAACUUCAUUGUACAGACGGCAGAGAUCGCUGAGAUUGCCAGGUUAAGCCAGACUCUGGUGAAAGAUGUUGCCAUCUUGGCGAGAGAGAUCCAGGAUGUGGCUGGGGAUGGAGACUCCCAGAGCUCCUCAGGAACUGGCCGUGGCACCUCACUCAGCUCUGUCCCCAGCACCCCAGCCUCCACUAUCUCUGCCAGAGAGGAGCUGGUACAGCACAUCCCAGAAGCCAGCCUCAAUUUCCAAAAGGUGCCACCUGGUGCCAUGGGUUUGAAGGACUUCGACCAGAACAUGAAUGACAAUCGGGAUGACAAUUAUGCUUGGAGGACACGGCCCAGAAACCGAGAAGAGGUGAUCUUUGAUAACCUGAUGCUGAAUCCUGUUUCCCAGCUAUCGCACACAAUCCGGGAGAACACGGAAAACCUUGCAGAGAAAAUGAAGAUUCUCUUCCAGAACACAGAGAGGACCUGGGAAGACAUGGAAGCCAAGAUCAACUCGGAGAAUGAAGUGCCCAUCCUGAAGACAUCUAACAAGGAGAUCAGCUCCAUUCUGAAGGAACUAAGGAGAGUCCAGAAACAGCUAGAAGUUAUCAAUGCAAUCAUUGACCCCACUGGGAACUUGGAUAUCAUGACUGGCAACAGGCUAUCAUCGGGGUCAACGCUAAGGCCAGCCAAUAAGGUCAGGACUGCUAUUAGCCCAGCCCCUCCUCCUGAGGAAGUGGGGGGCUCCCUGACACCAUCCAUGAAAAACCACACCCAGAACUCCACCUGCAGCUCAACCCGACUCCAGGACGCCGCCUUCCUUCCCGAGGCAGAGAAGUUUGUGAUAUGAAGCCGUGUCCUGCGUCAUCGCCGCUGGCCCCUGUGAUUCCAGUGGUGUGGUAGUGUUGUGUGUGUGUAUGUGAUUGUGGGCUAUUGUGUCAGUCUUUGGCACUUUGUACAAAGAAAUUGAGCCUAUUGGGCCUAAGGCAGUUGUUAGACAACUAGCCACGUCAGAUAUCCCACAUGUGCCAAAUGGAUAGCCCAGCUGUGCACCUCUCCUGGGCUCCUCUGCCCUCCCUAGUCUAGUAAUCACACCCCUCUCUUUCACUCAUUGUCCAUGGCUAUCAGGUCUUGACCUUGAUGAUGUGUUCCAUCCAUUCCCAGGGCCAUGGACAUCCCCUAAUGUUGGGUCUGCAUGGACCGGCUCAUAAGCUUAAGGAUCUGAUCCAGUGGCAUGGGAUGGGUUCCAAGUCCCCUGACGGGCAUGUCCUAUAUCUGGCAUUAGCACCAGGCUCUGAAUUUCUAGGGUACCAGAUAAGCCUAGGUGGCAUUAAGGUUUUUCUAGACCUGCCUUUGGACUGACCUUGGAAUUAGCUAGGCCUAGGGUCGCUCUCUGGCCAAAUCAUUGUCCUUUUAGCCUGAUUUGAGUCUCGUCUUGGUAUUCAUUCUUUAGCUUUUACAAAGGAGGAAAAAGUUUGCUCUUAGGAAGCUGGUGUCCCUUAGGGGCUAGGGAGCCACCUGCAUGUGGUUCUUCAGGGAACAGGUGCUCUUCCCACAGGCUUUGGCCAGAUUACCCUAGGAAUGAGCCCUCCUGGAUCUAGCCCUCACAGCAGCUUAAAGGAUACCAGCAUUAUCGGGUCAAACAGUCAGUCAGUGGCUGUUCAGUGAAUUCUUACUCAGUGUGCCAUGCCCUAUGCCCUAUGCUCAUGCUCUGACAAGAAGACAGUAAAAGGAGAUUCCCUUCCCUCAAGGAACUUACAGUCCAGGGGGAGACAGGAGAUAGAAGCCCAUGGCCUGAUCCAAAAGAGUUCCAUCUGUGGGAGAGACUUACAUAUGGGGGGCCAUUAGGUAAUUCCCCCAGGAUUGAGGUGGAGUGCUGUCAGUGAGUGUGGGAGCUGUUCCAUGGAAGGAGAGCUUUGUGAAGAGUAGAAUGGUCAGGGAAUUCAGCCUCCUGGGAGAUGUGUACCCAUGGACACUGUUUGGCUGCAUUUGGGGGAGACCGUUAGUAGUUCCAAGGCUGGAUACUCCCCCCACCCCGCCGCCACUGCCCAGUCUCCCCUUGACAGUCCUAUCCCAGGGAGGGAGACAAGGCUGAGCAGGGGGCUGUGAGCAUCAUUCUCCUUGGUGGUGCCCAUAUUAGUCAAACAGGACUGGUGCCUCCCCUGUGGUACCAGGGGCUGGUCAGUGCCAGCACUAAGAGAUCAGGAGACAAAAACUUAGUUCGUUAUUCACAGCAAAAAAAAUGCCUUUUGUUUGACUCAAUUCACCCUGCCAAAUUGCCAGGCAUUCAGGAGAGACCCAGUGCCCCUUGCUCUGCACACUCCUUAGAGAGGCUUCCUUUGUCUCGGCAACUCUAAGAUGAGCAGACAAGGUGAUAAAUAGGCACCUGUACAGAAUGCAGUCACGUGUGCACCCAGAUACACAUAUGUACUCACAAGGGCACGAAGCACUUACAUACAGCUUGCAUGUAUACAGCGUGCACAAAAGCAUACUGCCCACACGAGCACAGACAUGUGCAUGCGCAUGUACAAACAUGUACUUGUAGACACACACACGUGGUCUGGUUUCUCUGGGCUCACUUUAGCAUCUUCUCUCCAAUCUUUGCAGUGGUGGGUCUGCCUGGUCACCCUGCCCACAGUGAGAAUGCUGGCAGGCAGGCUGAUUGCUUAGGGGUCUUGUUUGGCCUGGGAAGAGAGGUCUCCACUCUCCACUGGAAGCCAAAGCGAGCCACUUCCCCAAGUUGAAGCAUCAAUGGGAAUGUCAGACUGUGGUUCCUGAGGCCAGAGCCCUUGCCUUUCCCAAUAUUCUCCUGUACUCCAGGGGAAAACAAGGCUGCUCUCCUCCACCUGUUUCCUGGCCUGGCCCCAGACUCGGGACACCCCUUUGCCCAUAAGCCUGCCCUAGUGUCCGGCUGACUGCAGUUAGGGAAAUGUCAAGAUUGGGACCCUGAUUUUACUAGGCCAAAUCAGACCACUCCCAGGAAGAGUUAUGGUCAGCCAGAGUCAGGACCCCCCAGCUCUGGGGCUGAGGUAGCCUUCAGUCUGUAGUUGGAAGAAGACAAGGUAGAGGAGGUAGUCAUUUUUUUCCAUCUCUUCUUCCCUUGCCCAAGUCCUUCCUCAAAUAGCUUUCUUCAAAUUCCCCCUAGAGGGGCACAAUGAAGAGUGUUCUUCGUUGUGAGCCCUGUCCCUGCCCCAUCCUCUGCUGCUUUCUGAAUUUCCAGGAAUUAGAUACUGUUAUCACUGACUGACUACCAAAAAUAGUGGCAUGGAAGUCCCAGCUGUAGGGCCGCAGGGAGGAUGGGAGGGCAAAGUGUACACCACCAUCUUGCUGUGUGACCUUGGCCAAAUUCCUUCACUUCUCUGGGCUUAGGAUGGGCUCUCCACUUGCAGCACCCCUCCUUUCACCCUCAGUGCUAUGACAGUGAACCAGGUGCCUGGGAGUGCUUGGGAAAAUCUCUAUAAAUGUAGAAUGGGCCAUUUGAAUCUGAACCCCAAAACUUGGAGUCUGGAGACAUUUUUACAGCAUGAAUAUUUCUAUAGUUUUUCCUAGGCUCUUCCUGGAUUCUUUGCCAACAGGGCACAUGCUAACUUAGCUGGGUCUGUUACACACCUUUUCUCCCUCACUUUCCCAGCCCAAUAAGCCAAAGAGCUACUCCAGUCUCAUCCUUCCUUGGCUUUCCUGCCCCCACCCAGACCCAGGUGAGACCAGGACAUAGACUCUGGGUUUGUAUCCCCCCUUCCAUUCACCAGGCAUCCCAAAGGUCAGGCCUCAGAGGAGAGCAGAGUUUGCCAACAGAGACUUGGCUGGAUGGUGUUAGAUGGCCCCUUCCCACCCCACCCCCUUCCAUUAUCCUAGUCUAGGAAGAUUAGCUGUAUUGAUGAGUGCUUGAGGAAAAAUGCUAAUGGUGCAAAUGCUCUGAGAAGGUUCAAAUGCCCUGGCAAAGUGUGAGUCUGAUGGUAUCCAAUGAUCUGGGGGUUCUUGGGCCUGUGGCCAACUCAGGAGUGUUUCUAUGUUUACAUGCAGCUGUUUAAGAGUUCUGUUUUUAAACUUUUUUUAAAGACUAAAAACAGAAGAAAGUAUAGAAGAUAAGUGUAUGGCUUCUCCUGGUUCCUUUCUCUGCUUCCUAAUUCAGCCUUGGCAGCAUCCUUGGAGUAUGCUCGCCUAAGCUCAUAUUCCUCUGUGGCCCCCUCCAGGACUGGCUAGACUGAAGCAUGCCUGUGGUGAGGGAGGGGUCACGCUCUCUGCUGCCUGGUGCUUCCUCAUUGCUGACCCAGCCAUUGGGUGUAUAUAUAAUGAGAGAGAUGGCUCUACCCUCUGUCUUGGGCCAGCCAUAUGCAUGAGUGUGUCCGUGUACCUUACAAAUGAUCAAUGUCCAUCUUUUCUCACUCAUCAACUUGCUCUGCCACUGGUUGAUUCUCUGGUUUUCCACCCCACUCCCUCUCCUUCAUGAUAGUUGUAUAAUUUUUUUUGGAGGGGAGGAAUUCACAAGCUUACACCUUUCUUUCCGGUUUGGUUUGUUCCCCCUACCCUUUCCCACUGAGUGGUAAUUUAUUUUGUCUGAAUUGGAGGCAGUAUCUGUACAUUUGAUUCCCAGGUGACACUGUAGAUGUCUUUAAGAAAAUGGGUUAUUUUAUAUAAUUUUAUCAUAGAUUGUUCAAAUAAAUCAUUCUUUUGUCACACA